AUUCUAAAAAUGAUGUAGGUGGUUUGGCCUGACGACCCUCCCAAGGGGGUUGCUUCUUACCGGCGCGGCGGCUAACGUUAGCGGGUGCAGCCAUGGUGAUUGGAAUGGUGUCAAGUCGAAAGAUGGCUAUGGUCGUGCCAGCAGGCACCGAGAUCACCCGUCAAGGUGUGUCAGAUGCUGGAAAGCGAGGCUGUGUGAUGGUGGUGAAGCCGGUCGCGCGGGCAUAUAUUCUAUCUGGACAUAUGAUGUCUAGCUGGUUUGUUGGAGACUGGCUUCUGCGCAAGAAGUGGCCCGCGAUUAUGGCGAUGUUUCUGGCGCUCGCCUUUCAUGCUGCCGACUAUUUUGGAGCAUUUUACACCUUGAGGGAGGUGCCGGGUGUCAACAAUACGCCGGUCGCCAUGUAUCAACCAACACUGCUGUCCUCAACGAUGUCGGUGGCAUCGAUGGUGGCUUUUACGCUGUCUCUGGUGUGUGUGCUGACAAGGGUUCACAGUCAGCUACUGUGGAUGACUUUGCGCACCUUUGAUCCUUGGGCCAUCAUCGCCUGCUCGGCCCGGGGGUGGAGCGCCCGGACAUUUUCUCGCUAUUGGCUGCAGCAGUCCCAGUCUGAUGCCGGGUGGCACAGUGACGCGGGCUGGGUGCACAAUUACAUCGCCUACGGCAUCGACUUGGUCAUCAUCCUUCAAUUCUCUGGUUUGUUGAUCUUAGUUGAGGCAGCAGAUAUUCCCAAGGACGUGAAACGGAUUUUUGUUGCGAUUUGCUUGCUCUAUUGUGUGGUCAUUUCGGCCGUGACCCUUUUUUGGUCCGAGAUGCCGGACUGGGACACCGAUGCAGAAGUUCAAAUCCUUUUCUUCGCCACGAUGGCGCCGAAGAGUCAAUUUGUGAGUGCUUAUGGAACCAUGGCGGUUCUUCUCACCAAAGCAGCCGUGAGCACCAUCCUACAAAAGAAUGCUUUCAUGUACCUUCGGUGUCACUACGAAUACUGCAUGGACCAGCUGGACACCAGCUUUGCAAAGCUGGCGACCACCGAUCCCUCCUGUAUAGUGUAUGCAGAUUUCCGCCUGGCCUUGCAGGAAAUUGGCAUUUCAGAGAGUCAUAUCUUUGCUGGCUUCAAUCGUUUAGACGUGGAUCACACCGGCAAAGUGUCUCUGCACAAUUUCCGGACCUGCUUGAUGGACAUCUUUGCAGAACAUCCAGACGCUUCCCACACGGUCUUGCUCGCAAAAUUCUGUCAGGAAGCGUUCAAUCACGUUUCAGGCUAUAGCUCUUUAGACAGCAUGUUUGGUACCGUGUUUAGUCAGUGGCGGCGAAUGAAGAUAGAAGACUUUGGGGAGUGCAUGUACCGAAGUCUGGUGCAAGAUGCCUCGCUGGAAAAACUAUUCAGACGAGAAAGGAUGCGGACCCAGUCCCUUCUCUUUGCAGCAUUCAUUCAGGUGGCACUCUGUUGGCUGGAAGAACGAGACUUCCGAAAGGUGGAGCGAGAUAUGAUCUCCCUAGGGUUGAGACAUAGGUCCUAUGGGAUCCAACCAUCCUACGUCUGUGUCUUCCAGAUCGCUCUACUGCAGACCUUGUGCCAAAACCUCAACGGAUUGUCGCUGCAAGCGGAGAUCAGCUGGUCGGUGGUCUGGAGCCACUUCGUGGUGGCGCCCUUUCUGCAAGGCCUGGUAGAUUUGGAUGGUGAACGACCAGCAGUUUACCGUGCUGUCAAGGAUUUGCUAGUGGAGACCAAGAAGCAGCCCACGUGCAUUCAGAGCUUGGUCCAUAACCUGCACCAUGUGGUGGGUGGCUUCUGGGAUUGGAACAAGUUGUUCCGGGACCCGGAGCACGAGCGCCAGCACCUGGCGAUGCUUUUAGGUUUCCUGGUGGCCGUGGCAGACGACCUCGACGCGGGGGAGAUCCUGAAAGCUCGGCAGAGGAUACGAGGAAUCGCCAACAUCCACUGGGAUCGAGGAGUCGUUCCUCGACAUAUGCUUGCUUUCCAGCAUGCCAUGUCCGUGACCUUCCGCGAGGUGGUUGGUCCGCACGUCUUUACGCAUGCCGCAGAGUCCAGUUGGGCGGUGUUCAUGCAGACCGAGGUCUUGGAAAUUCUCCUUCUCGCGCCCUUUGCAGAGACCCAAGAUCGGGUGGAAGCAUGGGCUUGCGAGAUCGGAUGCAGAUCCGUAGAUCUGAAGGCCUUCGCCUCCUUGACCGACUUGGCUUGCUUAGACGAAUCCAUGGCAGAGAAGGGCCUGCAACGUCUGCAAGCGGAGUCCGGGAAAUAUCAUGAGGAAUUGACGGUGAAUGAUGUGAUCAAGACCUUCUGUGAUGAGAGUAUGCAGCACCCUUCUUGGACCUUCGAGAAAGUGCUCGAAAAUUAUUGCAAGAUGCCACCCGCGCGCGAUCUUUACCUCUCAGGUUCCUCUGAGCUUUUAGAAUAAGUUCAAUGAUAAAUCUUUGAACGCGGUUCGAACGUGUGCCUAGUGGAGAUGAUCAUCAUGGAGAUGAUCCUCCGAAUGUUCCAGCUGGGAGUUGCUUCCUUUCGAAAUGCCUGGCAAAAAU